ACUUACAAUUUUAAUUUGCAAUAUCAAAGUUAAUAAAAUAUUUGGUUCUCGUUGUGCAGCACGGUCAAACGGGUUAGUGCAUGUGCCUCACAAUACCAAGGUCCUGAGUUCAAUCCCUUCUAGUCUUUCUGUGUGGAGUUCAAUCCCUUCUAGUCUUUCUGUGUGGACUGUGUGGGUUCCCUCGACAUGCACCUGGGGGAGAAGUUGACACAAAAAAUUUGCCUUGUGUGCGAGUGUGAAUGUUUGUCUGUGUUGGCCCUGCAAUGAGGUGGCGACUUGUCCAGGGUGUAUCUCGCCUUCCGCCCGAAUGCAGCUGAGAUAGGCUCCAGCAUCCCAUGCCACCCCAAAAGGGACAAGCGGUAGAAAAAUGGAUGGUUUAACCUGACUUAUAUUCAAAACAAAGGAUAUCAAACAUAGACACUAACCAGCUUGUUUUUUGACACGCAAAAUUGACAACAUUCUUAUAUAUGAGAAACAUUUGCAUGCAAUUAUUUGACUGUUAGCAUGAAGAUAUGUAUCACUAUAAAACAGGUGUCUCAAACAUGCGGCCGGCGGGCCAACUGCGGCCCGCGAGAUGUUAUUAUGCGGCCCGCACUUCGAUAUGACAAUUCAAUGUUGGUGCAGCCUGCGAGUUUAAUGUGAAGGGCGCUUGAUAGCGUCAUACUUGCCAAUGUCUCCAAUUUUCCCGGGAGACCCCUGAACUUUAGGACACCAAUCCUAUCAAAGCCACUGUUGAUAUCUACCAGAUCGACAAUAUUCAGGGAGUGUCAUAAUCGCACUGCCUUUGGCGCCCCUUACAUCCUGAACUGACAGCAGCAAGCCCAGUUGUAUGUUGCAUCUAGCCAUGCUGAAUGCAAGUAUGGUGUUGCAAAAUAUAUUUGAUCAACAGCUACACACGUCACACUAAGAGUGGCCGUAAAAAAUACUUUAAUACUGUUACAAAUAUGUGCCAGACUGUGAACCCACACCAAACAAGAAUGACAAACAAUUUUCGGGAGAACAUCCGAAUCGUUACACAACAUAAACACAACAUAACAAUUACCCAGAAUCCCAUGCAGUGUUGACUGUUCCGGGCUACAAUAUACACACCCCGCUACCACCAACCCCCCACCCUCCCUACUUGCGUUGGUUGAGGUGUUGUAUAUUGUAGUCCUGCAAGGUGUUCUGGGUAUUUGUUCUCUUGUGUUUAAGUUGUGUUAAGGUACGGAAAUUAUCCCAAAAAGGGUUUGUCAUUCUUAUUUGGGUUCAAAGUGUGGCGCAUAUUUGUAACAGUGUUAAAGUUGUUUAUACUGCCACCCUCAGUGUGAUCUGUAUGGCUGUUGACCAAGUAUGUAUUGCAGCCACAUAUGUUAAUAAUCUGCACAAGUCUCAUACAACAUGUUAUGAAGCUGGCACAAUGAUUAUGUGAUGUAAAAGCGUGCGCAAUGACAUGUAGUGGAGCAAUAGUCCUCAUUCAAGAGGUGCGCGACCCCCUGGGGGACGUAUUUGAUAUACAUAGGGACAAGUGAGAAAUAACAAAACUAUUCUAAAGAAUAGCAGCAAUUCAGAAAUCCUAUAUAAAUAUGUUUAACGAAUAAUGCUUCAAUGAGAUAUGAAUGUAAGUUCAUAAACUGUGAAAAAAUAAUACAACAAUACAUCAUUCAGGGUUGACAGCUAGACUUUUUAUGGACAUGUUCCAUACAUAUUGAUGUUAAAGAUUUCCUUUAUUGUGAGGAAAUGUUCAGAAUUAUCUCUAUUACAAUCCCCAAAGAGGGCACUUUAAGCUGAUGAUUACUUCUAUGUGUAAAAAUUUGUAUUUAUAAUUGAAUCACAUGUUUAUUUUUCAACAAGUUUUUUAGUUAUUUUUAUAUAUUUUUUUCCAAAUAGUUCAAGAAAGACCACUACAAAUGAGCAAUAUUUUGCACUGUUAUACAAUUUAAUAAAUCAGAAACUGAUGACAUAGUGCUGUACUUUACUUCUUUAUCUCUUUUUUCAACCAAAAAUGCUUUGCUCUGAUUAGGGGGUACUUGAAUUGAAAAAAAAAAAUCACAGUUCACAGUGAAAACAGGUUGAGAACCACUGUUGUAGGCAGUGCAGUUACGGCAGGCCUUAAUAAUGUAUGCCGGGUGAAAAUUGGGACAAAUUCGGGAAAAUGGUUGCACCGGUAGAUUGUCGGGAGGUGCACUGAAAUUUAAGAGUCUCACGGAAAAAUCGUGAGGGUUGGCAAGUAUGUUGCUAGGGCGGGAAAGCCAUUCAUAGAAGGUGAAUUAAUUAAAAAGUGCAUGCCAGAUUGAGGCUGAGAUAGGCGCCAGCGCCCCCCGUGACCCCAAAAGGGAAUAAGCGGUAGGAAAUGGAUGGAUGGAUGGAUGUUAGAUUUUUUAAGAAAUCUUUUCUUGCGGCCCAGCCUCACCCAGUUUCUGCAUCCAGUGGCCCUCAGGUAAAUUGAGUUUGAGACCCCUGCUAUAAAACAAUUUAUUGUAAGCCCAAUAGCUCUGCUUGCUGGGUGUACAAUUACAACAAUAUCUUUGUCACGCACGCCCUCUGCUGGUCACCAGCAGCAACAGCAGGAUGUUCCCAAUAAAUACAUUACACUACAAAACAGUUAAAUGCUCAUCCACGUGAGUUGUGUUUAAGUGUUGCUCGGAAAGUUUUAAAUCAAUAAUUUCCCUUGUGUUAACAAUUAAUAAAACUUAAACAAGUAGUGGCGAUACUUUAAAAACAAGCACGCUAACAGGACAAGCGGUAGAAAAUGGGUGGGGAUGGGAUACUAACAACCCACUACUGUUGCGCAAUACUAAUCAGUUUGAGACUUUUGUGAUGCCGCAUUUGUAGUGUCCGACAAGCGUCACGCGCACAGAGGACCCGGAAAAGAAGAAAAGUGAGCAUUUAACUUUUGUGACAUUUUACAAAGUGGAUGAGGAGCGACGUCACUCUUUGAAAAGGUCUCUGGUCAGGUUCUGGUGGUUCAGCGAUGUCAAGUCGUCUGCUGGAGGUCUGUGUAGUGGUGGGAGCAUCCCCUAAGAAACUGUGGGAGGUCUGCCAGGCUGUUGACAGCCAUGGAAGUCUGGAGAACGUCCUUUUGGAGCCAGAGGUCCUGCACGUGCUAGCACCCCCUUUUGUCAGCAGACCACAAGCUGAGCGUAAAGCAGUGAGGUCUCAUUGGAGGAGGCACCACUCCUACUUGAAAAAGAAGAGGAAGCGACGUCCUUCAGCUGCUACAGCACCCAUUCCAGACCAUUUUUCAGGUGGAGAUGCAGCAAAUGGAAGAGAAGGAAGUGAAGACGUCACAGUUCCCAAAGACAUUGACCUCACAGCUUUGCCUAAACUCUGCUUUCCUGGUGGCCUCCACGUGACCAAUGUAAAGAGAGAGGAUCAGUUCCACUUCCUGGUCUUCACCGACGUCUUUGGCAACAAGUCCCACGGUGUGGUGCUGCAGUGUUAUCGUCCCGUCCAGGACUGGAUGUCCUCCUGUGAAAAUGGAGGAAAGUCCAAGCUGUUUUCCGCUUAUGGUUUCUGUGUGAUAUCCAAGUAUCCAUACUUCACUGCGCUGAAAGACUGUCUGUCAUGUCUUCUAAUUAAGCUCAGAACUUGUCGUUUUUCGGAUGUUGAGGAGAAAGUAAAGGACUUUGCAGCCAAAUUGGCCCUUGUACCAAUCCCACCUCCUGGACAACUCCACUUGGUGUUUACCUUACAUCAUCUGACAAUUGAAUUACCAUCCAGAGAAGACAAAGACCACCCAGCUGUAGAUUUAGACCUUCACCUACCUUUCCUCUGCUUCCGUCCACAACCUCUUUUGCAGGUGUUGUCUUGUCUCCUCCAGGAGCAAAGGGUAGUGCUCUUUUCUGCCGACUGGGCCCGGCUGACACUGGUGGCAGAGGGCUUGCUGCUUUUUCUGCAGCCUCUAUCAUGGCAGCAACCUUACGUUCCAGUCCUGGCCGAAGGAAUGUUGGACUUCCUCAUGGCACCCACCGCCUUCCUCAUGGGCUGCCAUCUCUGCCACUUUAAAGAAGUUGCGGCUGAAACAAAUGACCUGAUCCUCGUCAACAUUGAUAAUGGAAGUGUUUCUACUUCCUGUUCGGAUACUGUUGACCUGCCAGAAAUCCCCUCACUUACAGCAGACUGCUUCACACAGAGAUAUCAGUCCUUGCAGGUCCACUUUGACUUGGACCAGUGUCUGCGUGUAAGUUGCAGCGACAUCAACGAUCAGCGCACACAGCGACGAGUGUGGCAGCGCAAUCUGAACCAACGCAUCCAGGGCAUCACGACUGAACUUAUUGUCAACAUAUUCAGGGAUGUUAGCAGUCACUUGAACUAUGAACACAGAGUGUUUAAUAGUGAAGAGUUCCUGAAAAGCAGAGAGCCAGCAGAACAGCUUUUCUACAAGAAUGUUUUGGAGACACACAUCUUCCAUCGUUUCCUCAGGGACCGCCUCAACAAAAAGAUGGAUCAUUUUGCACGACUGGAACUCAGCACUCGGAUUAAAGCUUCAGUGGAAGUUCCACACAGACCCACCAUGCAGGAGAUUCAAGCCCGCAGAUUGAGCUCACUCCUUGAAAACAGGCUGGUUAAUGGACAAAGAAUGAGUCUUUCCAACCUGGUAGAUGAUCAAACCCUCAACCUCCAAAGAAUCAUCAUGUUUGAUCCUGCACAGAGGAUGCCUCCCAAGCCUGUGAAGGUAUUCCAGCUCCCAGAAUUCCCAGAGACUUUGUCCUUCCAUGCCGUCCAAAGCUAUUACUGUGAGCUGAUACAGCUUCUCGGCAAGGCUAUCAACUCUGUUCAAAUUGAAGACUCCAGUUUGCUUGCCAGAUACUUCUACCUGCGGGGUUUCAUCAAUCUGCUGUGCUCGCGGCGUCUUGAUGCACUGGCCGAUUUCCAGACGCUCCACAAGACGGACACGGCCAUCUUCCCCACACAGCUGGUCACACGGCUGGUAGACUCGCUCAUGCAGGAAGAACAGCAGCAAGCCAAAAGACGGCCUGAGCUCAAAAGACUUAUCCUCAAGGUGAAGACAGAAAACGAAAAGCCAUCAGUGCAGUUUGAUGACGACAUCAAGAAGUUUGAGCUGCCCAGGAAAAAUCUGGAUCGAGAGGAGUUUGUGCGUUCCAUCCAAGAAGGGGGAAUAGUUAAAGAUGUGGCAACCAUACACCGUUUGUUUGACGCUUUCACUGUGGGCAAGUCCAAACAAGUGAACCCAGAGCUCUUCAAGAGUUUCUACACCUUCUGGAAGGAAACAGAGACCGAGGCUCAAGAUGUCAACCUCCCCACCGAGGUCAUCGACCACCUGGAUCACAGCGAGUGCGUCUACAAGUUGUCGUCCUGUGUCAAGACCUCUCACGGCGUGGGUAAAAUCGGCAUGACCCAAAAGCGUCUCUUCUUUCUUCCUGAGGGGCAGCCGGGCUUCUUGGAGAUCACAAUGUUUAGAGAGCUGCAGGAAGUGAAGAUCGCUUCUGCUCCUUUUCUCCUGGUUCGAAUUCCUUCUCUCCGUAUCAAAACUUCAGGCAGGCUUGAGGCGUUCGAGGCCAACCUGAAGACAGAAACAGAACUUUGGGACCUUGUGGUCAAAGAGAUGUGGGCCGGACGCAAAAUGGCCGAUCAACACAAGGACCCUCAAUACAUGACUCAGGCUCUGACCAAUGUGCUGCUGAUGGAUGCUGUGGUGGGCUGUCUGCAGACCCAAAGGUCCAUCUGUGCUGCCUCAAAGCUUGCCUAUUUUGACAAAAUCAAACAUGAAGUGCCCAUGAUGGUGCCUAAAAGUACCUCAGAGACCUUAAAACACAAAAUCAACCCAUCAUUGGACUUGGCAGAACCACAGACAGUUCAUGUGUUGCUGUACACUCCAGGUCAGUUGACAUGCAAUGACUCCAAGGAUGAGAUGAAUCCGAAGCUGUGGGUGGCCCUCAGUGGUGGCCGACUUGUCGUAUUCGACGCCGCCAGCUGGUCCAUGUUGCAGGAUUCCAUCCAGGUCGGCGAGUCACAGCUGAACUGCAUGCUGGGAUUAGUCCAUGAACAGGUGUGGAUUGGCUCCCGGGACUCUGUCAUCUACAUCAUAGACACUCACAGCCUUACCUGCAACAAGCAACUGACCGAGCACAGAUAUGAGGUGACGGGACUCACGCUGGACGCCGGAGAUCAACAAAACAGUCUGCAGACGUACUCGUGCAGCCGCGACGGAACAAUUCUACAGUGGGACUCGUCCAGCCUAAAAGUUAAGCGACAGUUUCAGCUCAGCUGUGAGCAUCUCUCCUCCAUUCGCAUUCACGGCGAUGCACUGUGGUGCUGCUGUGGUGACAGCAUAGUGGAGCUGAGAAAAAGCGGGACACCGCAAAGAAGGUUGUUGCUGCCUGAACACCUAAGAAAUUCAUCAAGUCACUUCAGCAGCUUUAUUGUCAUCCCAGAGCAAGGUCAGCUCUGGACAGGCUUGGCCGACUCAGGUGAUCUCUAUUUGUGGCACACAGACGGCCACGAGCCUUCUCUGGAGAAGAUUUCCCUGACAGGCUGCUCAGGGAUCACCUGCAUGAUCCGAGUCAAGGACCAGAUCUGGGUAGGCUGCCGUGGAAGAAGCGGCGUUGGGGGUCAGUGUAGUUCCCAGCUGAGGGGUCAGCUGGUGGUGGUGGACCCACAGAGUCACACGGUGUCCAAGGAGCUGCAGGCACAUUCCGACAGCAUCCAGACGCUCUGCUCCGCCGAAAAUCGCUACGUGCUCAGCGGCUCUGCGCGACGUGACGGGAAGAUCGCCGUCUGGAAAGUAGAAUAGAAGACAGAAAGGAGAAGGCAGGGGAUGGAGUUGAUUUGUUUAAAUAGGGUUUCUAUGAACCUUGAAGAUCACACAUAUAUAAAAAAUAUGUUAUAUAUGCCCUAUAUAUGCCCGCCUUUGUUUGACAUUCGUUCUUGGACUCUUGUUUGCUCCAACGCGACAGUUGACGUCGCUCGUCCUGCAUCGUGGUAAAGACUACUUUUGUUACUUGUUAGCUUCCACGCUGUUCCUGUUCAGUUUAUGCCCCUAGUUUACAUACUAGCAAUUUCUCUUUGUUUUGUCCAGUGCCUUUGUGCAAGUGC